AGACUGGGGGUUUUGGUCGUUUGGUCCGAGUCAGAAUGCACACGCUAAACAAAUACAAUUCCAAGAAUAAUUUACCCAGUCAACAAUCAACACCAAAAAUAACAAAUAAAAAAAUAAAAAUCCAAGAACCCCAAAAUUGAUUCACCAAAUUCAUCUCCAUAAUUGCUCCAUUUCCCAGUGUCUGAACUGUGACAAAGAAAAAGAAAGAAAAAAAACACUUCUUUUUCUUUUGGGUUUCAGUUUUCAUUAAAAGUUUAAUCUUUUGUGUUUGGGGAUUAUUGAAAAAGUGAAGAGAGCGUGUGUGGGGAUAUACUUUAUUUUGUAAACCCCAUUUGGUAUGGUUGUUUAGUGGAAGAGCAAAGUUGAAAAAGGUGGGGUUUUCUUGAAUUUAAUACUGAAGGUUUUUAUUGAUAUAAUUUUCUGUUUCCAGUGACUUUACACAUGUAUACAUCUGGGUUUUUAAGUCAAAAGGCUCAAACUUUACACAUGGGUUUUUGCAAAAGUUGUUGAAUUUUGAGGAACUGGGUUUAUUUCUCUGAGUUGAUUCAGGUAUUCCUCAAUUCUUGAUCUGUACUUCUGAAUAGUUUUCAAUAUUUUAGUUCUUCAUUAUUUGAAUUUAUUGAGGCCUCUGUUUCUUGUGGUUGAGAAAAGUGUCCUUUUAGCCCCUUUCUUGAAGGUGGUAGGUAACUGAAUAAUUUCUUGAAUUAUUUGAUGAAGUAAUUUCAUCAUUUUGUGCGGACCCUUUUGAAAAGCUGAGCUUGUGGUAUGAGGGUUUCAGCUGAGGUGGAAGAUUUUACUUUGGUUUGAUGACUUUACUCAGUUUUGGUUGAUCUUUCUGUUGAGUAUUUACUUGUUAUUUAUAUAAAGUUUCAAAUUGAAGAGAAAUAUGAUCAAGAUAUUUGGUAAAAAGAACUCUAAGAAGCAGUCAAAGACAGCUGGUACUUCUAGUUCAAGUUCUUCAACUAGCAGUUCAAAGAAAAGUGAUGGAGGAAAUAAAAAAGUUGGAGUAUCAGCCAGUACUGUUAUUUCAGCCCCUUAUUCUGUUUCAGCUUCAGGAUAUGGAAUGGGGGAUAAGUUUGUUCGAGAUGGGAGUUUUAAGGUGAAUGGGAAUCUGGUUGUAGCUUCUUAUGAUGCAUUGCCAAAUUUUAGGGAUGUUCCCAAUUCUGAGAAGCAGAACUUGUUUAUUAGGAAGGUCAGCAUGUGUUGUGUUUUGUUUGACUUCACUGAUCCUACAAAGAACCUUAAAGAAAAGGAGAUCAAGCGACAGACAUUGCUGGAGCUCGUGGAGUACGUGACUUCUGCAAAUGUAAAAUUUACAGAAGUGGUGAUGCAAGAAGUAGUAAAAAUGGUGUCUACAAAUUUGUUUAGGGAACUCAUGCCUCAGCCUCGGGAGAACAAGGCGUUGGCCUUUGAUGUGGAAGAGGAUGAGCCUGCAAUGGAUCCUGCAUGGCCACAUCUGCAGAUUGUGUAUGAGUUUCUUCUAAGAUUUGUUGCAUCACCGGAAACUGAUGCAAAAAUUGCUAAAAGAUAUGUAGAUCAUUCCUUUGUUCUCAGAUUGCUUGAUCUUUUUGACUCUGAGGACCCUAGAGAGAGGGAGUACUUGAAAAUAAUACUGCACCGUGUCUAUGGGAAGUUCAUGGUACACCGACCUUAUAUUAGGAAGGCUAUUAAUAACAUAUUUUACCAUUUCGUUUUUGAGACUGAAAAGCAUAAUGGGAUUGCAGAGCUUCUGGAAAUUCUGGGCAGCAUAAUCAAUGGGUUUGCUUUGCCACUAAAAGAAGAACACAAGCUUUUUCUUGUGCGGACGCUGAUCCCCCUGCAUAAACCCAAAUGCUUAGCCAUGUACCAUCAACAGUUAACUUAUUGUAUGACACAGUUUGUGGAGAAAGACUGCAAGCUUGCUGAUACAGUUAUUAGGGGAUUGUUAAAGUAUUGGCCAGUAACAAAUAGCUCAAAGGAAGUCAUGUUCCUUGGUGAGUUGGAGGAAAUCUUGGAAGCUACUCAGCCACCAGAUUUCCAAAGGUGUAUGGUGCCAUUGUUUCGUCGAAUUGCUCAUUGCUUGACUAGUUUGCAUUUUCAGGUGGCAGAAAGGGCUUUGUUUUUGUGGAACAACGAUCACAUUGAGAAUUUGAUAAAGCAAAAUCGAAAGGUGAUACUGCCUAUCAUCUUUCCUGCACUGGAGAGAAAUGGCAGAAACCAUUGGAAUCAGGCUGUUCACAGUUUGUCACUGAAUAUUCGGAAGAUAUUCUAUGAUCUUGAUCCUGAGCUAUUCAAGGAGUGCUUGCACAAGUUUCAGGAAGACGAAUUGAAGGAAGAUGAGAUUAAAUCAAGACGUGAAGCUACAUGGAAACGAUUGGAAGAUGUUGCUGCCAAAAAUUCUACAAGUAAUGAAGCUGUGCUUGUGCCGUCCACUGGACAUUCUCGAACUUAAUACUAAGAUAGACUUGUUCUUCAUUUUGAUAUUUCCGGUUAGUUUACAUUUUGGAAGCAGUGAAUUUAUCAAAGGGGAGAAGGGAUUUUUUGUUUCAUUGGCUUUUUCAUCCUGAUAGCUGUAGUUGUAACUAUAAUUUGUUUAUAUAUGUGUUAACUUUGGCAAUGUGGAAAUGAUAUGGGAGCAAGUACGUUUAUCAUGAUUAUACUUUUUUGAAA